AUGGAGCAACAAGCCAACAGGGCGCAUCGCCCUGCAAAGGAGAAGAAGAAAUUUGAGGGUGCCAAUCCAAAGGCCUUCGUUACCUCGAGGCCUGGAAAGCUCAACAAGCAGGCAGCGCGAGCGCAUGAUGUCAAAGAAAAGAGACUCCAUGUGCCUCUUGUGGAUCGCAUGCCCGAGGAGGCACCGCCGGUCGUCGUCGCAAUCGUUGGACCUCCGGGAGUGGGCAAGACCACUCUCCUGAAAUCUCUCAUCCGUCGCUAUACCAAGCAGUCUCUCAGCUCGCCCCAGGGACCAUUGACAGUUGUCACAACCAAGCGCCAGCGUCUCACCUUCCUCGAAUGUCCGUCCGAUUCGCUCGCUGCCGCUAUCGAUGUUUCAAAGAUCGCAGACAUCGUGCUCCUCAUGAUUGACGGAAACUUUGGAUUCGAGAUGGAGACCAUGGAGUUCUUGAACGCCUUGUCAACGGCCGGUAUGCCUGGAAACGUCUUCGGUAUCCUGACACAUCUGGAUCAAUUUAAGAAGCAGAGUACUUUGAAGGAUGCUAAGAAGCGCCUCAAGCACCGUUUCUGGAGUGAACUUUACUCCGGCGCAAAGCUGUUCUAUCUGUCUGGUGUUAUCAAUGGCCGCUACCCCGAUCGCGAAGUGCACAAUCUUUCUCGAUUCUUGUCCGUCAUGAAGAACCCUCGUCCCAUCAUCUGGCGCAACUCCCACCCGUACGCCCUCGCCGAUCGCUUUUUGGACAUUACGCCGCCUACUCAGAUCGAAGAGAACCCGAAAUGUGACCGCACAGUUGCGCUUUACGGUUAUCUACGCGGUACCAACUUCCCAGCUCACAGCGCGCGAGUCCAUGUGCCUGGUGUUGGUGACUUGACUGUUGCCGGCAUUGAGAGUUUACCUGACCCAUGCCCCACUCCCUUCAUGGACCAGCAGAUUCAAAAGGCGACUGGGAAGUCCAAGGCUCGUAAGCUCGGUGAAAAGCAAAAGCUGCUUUUCGCUCCGAUGUCUGAUGUCGGUGGUGUCCUGGUCGAUAAAGAUGCAGUCUACAUUGAUGUCAAGUCUAACACCUUUGACCGGGAUUCCGAAGAAGACUCAGACGAUGAGGAGCGCCGCGGUCUUGGUGAACACCUUGUGGUCGGUCUUCAGGGCGAUCGCAAGAUGCUUGGUGAGGCCGACCAAGGUGUUCGUCUGUUCCGUGGUGGUGAGGCAGUUGCCAAGGUGGACGAUGACGAAACCGGCAGGAAGGGUCAUCGCCGUGCGCGCAUUGCCGAAACUGAACAGGAUGACAAUGAAAUUCCUGAAGGAUCCGACAGCGAGGAUGACGAGGAAAUGGACGGGGAUGAUGUGACCGACGACGAGGGUGAAAUCGACAUGUCCGCGCCCGCAGAUUUCGAGUCUCGUUUCAAGGCCAAACAAAAUGGAAAGGAGGCAGAGCAAGAAGAGAUGGCGUUCGCCGACAGUGAUUCCGACCUCGGAUCUAUCUCAUCUGCUGACGAGCAAGAGCUUGAGAGCGGCGAUGAAGACGAAAGUGAUGAGGAUGAGGAUGAGGACGAAGACGAAGAUGAAGACUCUGAAGGUAAUGUUCGUUGGAAGGACAACAUGCUCGCAAAUGCUCAAGCUAUUCACGGAAAACGUCCACCCUGGCGAGUCACCGAUCUGUCACGAAUGAUGUACGAUGAAUCCAUUGCGCCAGCCGAUGUUGUGAAGACAUGGCGCGGUGAUGAUUCCGACAACGAUGAUGACGAAGACGAGACCGCGGACGACAACGGCGAAGAUUUCUUCAAAAAGACAAACAACGAGAAGAAGGACCAAGAAGACUUCCGCGCUGUUCCAGAAUACGACUACGACGAGCUGGAGCGAAAGUGGCGCGAUGAGGAGUUGCUCGAAUCACUCAGACGCCGCUUCAUCACUUCCAAGCUUUCUGGCGGUGGGUCAGAUGACGAGGACGACAUGGAUGAAGAUGAGGAUGAGGAGGAUGAGGGCGAUGGUGACUACGAAGACCUGGAAUCUGGCGAGGUCUUCAAUGGCAUCAAAGAAGACGGUGAGGACGACGAUGAAGAAGAGGGCGAUGAGGACGCCGAAGAAACUCCCGACCUCGAAGCCGAGCGUGAACGGAAUGCCAAGAAGAAGGAAGAGCUCAAGCUCCGUUUCGAGGAGGAAGAUCGCGAAGGUUUCGGAAAAGCUCAAGACGAUACGCGAGAUGGUCUCGACGGCGAGUUUGGAGAAGACGACUGGUAUGACCUACAAAAGGCCAAGCUGCAAAAGCAGACCGACAUCAACCGCGCCGAAUUUGAUAACCUCGAUCCUGCUUCGCGCGCUCGCGCUGAAGGCUACAAGGCUGGCACAUACGCACGCAUCGUCUUGGAGAACGUUCCCUACGAGUUCGUCCAAAAGUUCAACCCUCGUUUCCCCGUCAUUGUCGGUGGUCUUUCGCCUACUGAGGACCGCUUCGGAUACGUGCGUAUUCGUAUCAAGAGACAUCGCUGGCACAAGAAGAUUCUCAAGACCAAUGACCCAUUGAUCUUCUCACUUGGUUGGCGCCGCUUCCAGACGAUGCCCAUCUACAGUACCUCCGACAGUCGGACAAGAAACCGUAUGCUGAAGUACACACCUGAGCAUAUGCACUGCUUUGCUACAUUCUAUGGACCACUUGUCGCGCCCAACACUGGUUUCUGCUGUGUGAACUCAUUCUCCAACAAGAACCCCGGUUUCCGUAUCGCCGCUACUGGUGUUGUUGAGAGCGUCGACGAGCACACAGAAAUUGUCAAGAAACUCAAGCUUACUGGUGUGCCUUACAAGAUCUUCAAGAACACCGCUUUCAUCAAGGAUAUGUUCAACUCCUCGCUAGAAAUUGCCAAGUUCGAAGGUGCAUCCAUCAAAACCGUCUCUGGUAUUCGAGGUCAGAUCAAGCGUGCACUCGCUAAGCCCGAUGGAUGCUUCCGUGCCACAUUCGAGGAUAAGAUUCUGAUGAGUGACAUUGCCUUCCUACGUGCUUGGUACCCCAUCAAGCCCCACCGCUUCUACAAUCCUGUGACGAACUUGCUGGAUCAAGUGGAGGGUGAAAAGGGCGACAGCGGAUGGCAAGGCAUGCGUUUGACUGGUGAAGUCCGUCACGCUCAGGGUAUCGCCACGCCUCAACUUAAGGAUUCUACCUACAAGCCCAUUGAGCGACAGGAGCGUCAUUUCAACCCGCUUCGUGUCCCCAAGCAGCUGGCCGCCGACCUUCCCUUCAAGUCCCAGAUCACUAAGAUGAGGGGCCACAAGGACCAGACCUACAUGCAGAAGCGUGCUGUUGUCCUUGGUGGCGAGGAAAAGAAGGCCCGCGAUCUCAUGCAGAAGCUCACCACCAUGCGCAACGAGAAGCAAGCUAAGCGUUCUGCCAAACAGGAGGAGCGUCGCAAGGUUUACCGCGCGAAGGUGGCUGAUAGUCUGGAGAAGAAGGCCGAGCGUGAGAAGAGAGAGCGCAAUGAUUACUGGCGCAAGGAGGGUAAGAAGCGCAAGAACCCAGAUGAGGAGUCUGGUGGCCGUGGCCGUGGCAAGAAGCGCAAGUGA